GAUUAUUGAAAGUUGUGCAUAAUAUUAAAAGGGUUGUUUCUUCAUUAACUCUCACUCAGUGCCAGGCCAUAUGCCAGCCGGUUUGGAAAUAUAUAACUUUUCUUUUCCAAACCCCAUUAAAACACUUCUGGCACCACCUUGCGUUCACACACAGCUUGUCACUCAGAAGUGAGAUCUCUCUCAUUCACUCAUCUCUCACUUCCCCCACCCCCACCCAAUCCACUCUCAUCCCUCUCCUCAUGAUAGAGAAUACUUGUGAUCUCUCUGAGAGCUAUAGCGACAAUGCAAGACGCAAUUGGGAUUCCAGCAUGCUUCUCUUCUGCUCUGAAGUCAAGUGAUGAUCACACAACCGUGACUCGUUUAGGCCAGAGCGUGCACAUGUCCCUGUACAGAACAAAGAUUGCUGACCAGUGCCGCUUGAUCACCAUCACAUGGUGCAAAAACGUGAUGCUCCAUGGGCUUUCAGUAUCAGUGGAAGGCCCAGAAGGAGAGGCCCAAUACUGCUGCAAGGUGGAGCUGAAACCAUGGUACUUUUGGAGAAAACAAGGUUCCAAGCACUUUAUCGUACACGGUGACAAAGCCGUUGACGUUUUCUGGGACCUUAAAGCCGCGAAAUUCCACGGCGAGACAGAACCAACCUCGGAGUACUACGUUGCCGUGGUGUGCGACAAAGAGGUCGUGCUUCUGAUCGGUGAUUUGAAAAAAGAAGCUUACAGAAGAACCGGGUGCAGACCAGCGCUUAUUGACCCAAUUUUGGUUUCGAAAAAAGAACACAUUUUUGGGAAGAGAAAGUUCUCUACAAGAGCCAGGUUUCACGAAAAAGGUAGGUGCCAUGAGAUCUCAAUAGAGUGCAAGAACAAGAGCAACAACAACAUUGGAGGAGAUGGAGAUAAGAUUCAGCCAGAGAUGGAGAUAAAAUUAGAUGGGCACGUGGUGAUCCACGUGAAGCGCUUGCAAUGGAAGUUUAGAGGGAACGAGUCGAUUCAUCUCAACAAGAUGAGAGUGGAGGUGUAUUGGGAUGUUCACGAUUGGCUCUUUAGUCCUGGUUUGAAACAUGCUUUGUUUAUUUUUAAGCCUGUUUUGUCAUCAUCCAAUAUUUCUCUGUCAUCAUCGCAUUCAAUUUCAUCAUCUUCACCACCGUUGUCAUCAUCAUCCACACCGUUAUCUACUCAAACGGGGAGUUCUGGGUCGCUGGAAGGGUUCAGUGUCAGCGAGUCUUCAGAGUUUUGCUUGUUUCUAUAUGCUUGGAAGGUUGAGCAGUGAAAAUUGAAGAAAAAGGAUCGUGCCAUGGUGUCAGCGUAACGGUAUUAUUAUUAAUAUUGUGAUGGACUUAUUGUAUCAUCUAAGGGGAAAAAUAACGAUGGGAAAUGACUUGGUGGCUCUUCAAGUUAUGGAGAAAGAAUGCAAUGGUAAUGAUGAUGACGUUGAGAAUGGUUUGGGACAUGAAAGAAAGAGAGAGAGAUUUGGAUUGAGAAGGGUGGUGAGGCCCAGAGAGUUAGUUACAGCUGGGGUUGAACAAUGGCGCGCAUAAAUGGACAAAAACGGAUUGAAUCGCACACACAUGCCCAAUAAUUCUCCAUGCUUCCACGUCAUUCUACAUCUGUCAUCUACUGCUUUGGAAAUUCUUUAUCUCUCUCGAUCUGAUCUUGAGAAGCGAACUAUGUAUAUGUAAUAUAUGUUUUUUUUUUCUAUAAAUAUUUAUCAACUAAUUAAUGGUGCAUGUUAUGUAAAGCUUAUAUAACAUAAAUAUAUAUAGACAUUAGAUUAUUGAACUGAA